CGGGUCCAGGCCGAGCAGGCCCAGAGGGAUCCGAGCGGAGGCGCCGCUAUGCCCAAGGCGCGGGCCGGGAAGCGGCCGGAGCGCCGGGAGGGCCGCGCCGGCGGCAUCCUCUUCAACACCGGGGCCGGGCAGCACAUCCUGAAGAACCCCCUCGUGGUGAACAGCAUCAUCGACAAGGCUGCCCUGCGCCGCACCGAUGUCGUUCUGGAGGUGGGCCCAGGAACUGGAAACCUGACAGUAAAGAUGCUGGAGAAAGUCAAAAAAGUUAUUGCAUGUGAAAUUGACCCUAGACUUGUUGGUGAGCUUCAGAAGAGAGUCCAGGGCACGUGUCUAGCAAACAAACUUGAAAUCAAGGUUGGAGAUAUCUUGAAAACAGACUUACCAUUCUUUGAUGCGUGUGUGGCUAACUUGCCUUACCAGAUUUCUUCACCUUUCGUUUUCAAGUUAUUGCUUCAUAGGCCUUUUUUCAGGUGUGCAAUCCUUAUGUUCCAAAGGGAAUUUGCACUUCGUUUGGUUGCAAAACCAGGAAGUAAACUGUACUGCAGACUGUCUAUUAAUACUCAGUUAUUGGCUCGAGUGGACCAUCUGAUGAAGGUUGGAAAGAACAACUUCAGGCCUCCUCCCAAAGUUGAAUCCAGUGUUGUCAGAAUAGAGCCAAAAAACCCACCACCACCUAUCAACUUCCAGGAGUGGGAUGGUCUGGUAAGGAUAGCCUUUGUUAGGAAAAACAAGACACUCUCUGCAGCAUUUAAAUCAAGUGCUGUAGAGCAGUUGCUGGAUCAUAAUUACCGAAUUCAUUGUUCCCUACAUAAUACAGAAAUCCCUGAAAACUUCAAAAUUGCAGAGAAAAUACAGACAGUUCUAAAAGAUACAGGUUACUCUGAAAAACGAGCCCGCUCAAUGGAUAUAGAUGAUUUCAUUCGUGGCAUCACAAAUGCCCUCGUAAUUCAAGGAAAAGUUCCUAGCUGUUUCUCAUUCAGAGAACUAAGACAGAUUGCUACAUGGCUUCAAUUCAGAAGGCAUCCAUUUUUCAUAGAUACUGCUUGAAAGAUGCUGUAUUUUUUCACCAAAGUUUUACCCAAGCCAGAGUGAGUGCAAUGGGACAAGCUCCUCAUAAAAGCAAUGAACAGAAUACAGUGUAUACGCUUGGACUCAAAAUGUUAGAUGCAGUUUUAUCACAGACAAAUAUGAAAGAAGCUAAUGCUCGGUAUUUUAAAAACAGUAAAUUCUGUCAGACGUGAAGUGAGGUGCUGGACUACCUCAUGACUGUUUUUCUAUAUAUAUCCAAAACAUAGAUUGAUGGUAAUUGAAA